AUAAAAAAUAAAAACCAAUCAAUCCUUUAAUGAAAAUUUAGAAAAAAAAAUAUAAAUAAAAAUUUAAUAUUGAAAAAUAACAAAGAAAAAUAUAUCAAAUAACCAUUAAAUUUAAUCAUAAAACUUCCACGAAUCAAUGAAUACAUAAUGAUCUAGAAAAGCCAAUAAUAAAAACCAACAAAUAAUCACAAAAAGAAACCUUGAAAUCUCUUUAAAAUCCCAUAUACAUAAAAUACAGCUCACUCAUCAAUCUUAUAUUAAAACGAAAUACAUACAUAUAUAUUGAAAUAUUUUCCAUAAAACAAUCAAGAGAAAUAUUUGUAAAUGUUGCAAAUAAUCUAAAUGCCAAAGGAUAUGCUAUACUUUGAUUACUGAUGUGUGAAAUUUAAAAUAAAAAAUAAAAAAAUUAAAAAGUUUUUUUUUGCAUAAAAAAUUACAUCAAUUAAAAAAUAAAACCAAAAAAAUAAAAAAAAAAAAUAAAUAAAAAUAAAAAAACAAUGUCAAUGCUGACACUUGUUUAUUUUGUAAUUUAAUACAAAUAAUCACCAUUAAAUUGAAAAAUGUAUUAAAAAACAAACAGAACAAAAAUCACUUAAAUUGUCAGAAUUAAUAGUAUAUGCAAAUUAAAUGUUGUGUUUUAACUUAAGUAAAAGUGUUUUAAAAGUUAGACAAUUAUAAAAAAUUUAAUAUUGGUUAAAGAAAAAAGUAAAUUCCGGAAAAAAAACUUGUAAUAAAUUGGAAAAAUAUUUCCUAAAGCUUAAAUUAAGGAGUAUCAAACUUGUACAAGGACUAAAGGAAUCUAUAAUUGAAGUUGCUGAGAUUUGUUUGCCAUAGACACCAAGUUAUAUAACUAAAAGUAUAUAAAAUAUAUAAUAAAAUGAAAACAAUAACUAAUUAAUGAUAAUAAUAAAAAAAAUUAUAAAAAUAACAAGUGGAAUAAAUAAAUCAAAUGGAAAAAUUAAUAAUAACACUAAAAAAUAAAAAAUAUAAACUAUUGUGAAAAAUCGUAUUUAAAAACACCAAUAAGUGAACAAAUACAAUUUGUUUAAUUAAUUGUAAAUCAUUAGUAACAUAAAAGUAACAAAUUGAACAGAAUUGCGGUUAAAUGAGUAUUAUUCUUUAUUGUUUUUGUAUAAAAAUAAUAAUAAUAUCGUUAUUGAAUUAAAAAAAAGUUUAACAAAACAAGUUAUUAAAACAGAAUAAAGUUUUUAAUGACAGAUAUACAAUAAAAAUAAAUUUGCAACAAUAAAUAUAAAUUUAUUAAAAAAACAAAAAAAAAACUAAAUUAAAUUGACAACAAAAAAUAAACAACUGCAAUAUAGUUAACAAUUAUUAUACAAACUAGUUUUGUUUGAUUAAUUAAUUUUUUAAAAGAUAUUUAUCCUCUGGUUUUCGAAGCUUAAUAAAAGCAAUAAACAAUAAACUAAGGUUUUGUGGCUGUAUAGCAAAUAAUUGUUAUCGAUUUAACUUUGUUGCAAUACAUGUUUACAACCAGCAAUUAAAUAUUUGUAUAUGGCAAAGUGAUUGGCUGUAUGUAGUGAAUGCCUAAAUAUACAAAGUUAAAUUGUAAACAAAACGGUUAGCUACACUUUUACUCCAGUUAGAGGAGCUAUUUUGUUUAUUAAAGGGAAUCACACAAAUAAACCACGAACUUGUUAAAUCGACAAAUAACAGGACUAGCAAUUACUAGAAAUUCAAUCCAUAACAAGUAACAAAACAGAAAACUAAAUCUUGCGAAAACCAACGGUUGUGUCUACUAGAACUUAACUUAGGUGGUAAUAAAACAACAAAAUUAUACAUGACUCUCUCACUCUCUACCAUAACAACAUAUCAAUAUUAUCUCCAUCAUGUAAUUAUACAAUAUGUUCGACACAUAAAUCCUUUACAAACAAACUAGCAGCAGUUGCUAAAAUUGUUGUUAAAAUUGUCUUAAAAAAGUAAAUGGUAUAAAUUAGAGUCAUUCACCUACUAGCAAAAUAAGAAAAUUAUUUUCCUAAAAAUAUAAUAAAAUUUCUAUCUAUAUUGGAGGUUAAAAAAACAUUAAAAACAUUAGCUUAUAAUAAAAAUAUAAAAAAAUAAUCAAAUAAAACUAAACAAAAAUUUCCCGAAAAAAAACACUUCCUCAACAAAGCAGCUGUCAACAUGAUUGCAUUUUUAACAUUAUUUCUCUAUAUGACAAAUUUAACCAUGGGCUAUCAAAGACUGUCUGGCAAUACAAAUCACAAUAAUGUUGAUCAGAAACCAACACAUUUACCACCGGGCCACUAUACACAUGGCCAUAGAUGGAAUGAACCCUACUUUGACUUGACAAUGCCAAAAAAUAUAACAUCUUUGGUAGGAAAAUCUGCCUAUUUAGGUUGUAGGGUGAAACAUUUAGGAAAUAAAACGGUUGCCUGGAUAAGAAAUCGUGAUUUACACAUAUUGACAGUUGGCACAUAUACAUAUACAACAGAUCAACGUUUUCAAACCUCAUAUCAUCGUGAUAUCGAUGAAUGGACAUUGCAAAUAAAAUGGGCACAACAACGUGAUGCCGGUGUCUAUGAGUGCCAAAUAUCGACCCAACCAGUAAGAAGUUUUUCCGUUAACCUAAAUAUUGUGGAUACACUUGAUUCUGAGCAAUAUGAUACAUUGCAACAAUUUUACAAUGAUGAGUCAUUUGUUAUAUCGAAUGAUCGCAUUUAUCAAUCGGCUGAUGAUGAAUUCGCUGGAAUGUUUGGUCCCAUACAACCUGUUGCUGUGCCAACAGCAACCAUACUGGGCGGUCCUGAUUUGUAUGUUGAUAAAGGAAGUACAAUUAAUCUAACAUGCGUAAUAAAAUUUAGUACCGAACCACCAACUCAUAUAUUUUGGUAUCAUCAAGAUAAGGUUUUAAGUGAAGAGAACUCAGGUGGUCGUCUUAAAUUCAAGACUAUUAAAUCCGAAGAAACAAAAUCAAUUUUACUUAUUGAUGAUGCAUCUCUUUUAGAUUCUGGCAAAUACUCAUGUUAUCCAUCAAACACAGAAAUUGCCAGUAUAAGGGUACAUGUGUUACAAGGAGAACGCCCUGAGGCCAUGCAAACAAAUGCAGCUGUAGCAACUAAAGUGCAAACUUCAAACCCUUUUACAGCUAUUACUACAUUUGUGGCAACAUUAGCAUUAGGGUAUGCGCUAGCAACGUUUGUUAAAAAUUUACAAAAUAUCAGCAAUGUCACCAGCAGCAGCAACAAUCUCAUAACAAUAAAAGCUACUACAGCAGCCGGUAGCGAAAAUAAAAGUGGCAGCAAUUUUUACAAUAAUAAGAAAAGUAACAACAAUAAAAUAAACAACGGCAAUGGCAGCAGCAACAACAUUAAUAGCAGCAACAUCAACAGCCAUAGCAAUAUUAAUAAUAGUAAAAGUGGUAAUUGUGCUUCCACGGAUUAUAAUGCAGACUAUGAUGACGACAACGACAUCAGCGAUGACAGCGUUAGCGAUGAUAAAGACGACGAUAAUGGCAAUAAUGCUGAUUUUAUAGCAGCCACAACAGCAACAAUAACGAAAUGUAAAGGAGAUUUUUGCAAAGAAAUAUGCAACAUCAACUUGGUUUAUUGUGCAGAAGAGCAGCAGCAACAACAACAACAACAUCAUAAUCAACCCCAACAACAGUCAUACAAUACUAACGUAAAAUAUUUCAAGAGUUUUAAUAUUAUUCUUAAGAAAUGGAAUCAAAGGCAUGCUUUGCGGUGAUUAAAUAAUUAACAAUCUAAAAUUACCAUAAAAAAUGGUAAUUAUAAUGUAAUGUUGUUGUAAAUACAAGUAAUUGUAAUACUUACUUUAUUUCUUUCUUUUUUUAUACUUAUAUUUAUAUAUUUCUUAGUAAACGUGUAAUAAUACACAAAACGUUUUGUUUUAUUUUUCAAUAAUAAUAAAUUAAAUAAGUGAAAAUUUAUUUUAUGUAGAAUUGUAAGAAAAUAAAACUGAAAAAAAACACAAAACAAAACUUUCAAGAAACAAAAGUUUUACAAAAACUUUUACUGGAAAAAAAUAAAAUAUGUUAAAUAGAAACCUCAAAGUAUGCUGUAAAUAAUAAUGGUAAUAAAAAUUAUUCAAUGUAUAUUUAAACACUGUAGUCUGGAUGGUCUUAUUUUUUUAAAUUUUGGAUACAAACUUUAUACAGUAAAUUAAAUUUUUUAUUUAUUUAUAAUUUAGUGUUAUUUUUUUUUUUUUUUUAUUUUAAAGAACUUGACAUUUAAAAAUGCAUUUUUAUAUAAAAUAUUCAGUAUUAUUUCUAAAAAAAAAAAUUCGUUUGUUGAAGUACUGUAUGAACAUGCUGUAAAAUAAUCUAAACUACUUUGAGCUUUUUGAUGCAUCAAGAUUUGUAUUUUUGCAAAGUACUGCCCCCAAUUCUAAGUAUUUUCGAUCUGGCUGGUUCUUUGUCUUCAUUGCACAUACAAAACUUUUCUUUACAAACUUCUCGUUAUCAUUUUUUAUGGAUAUGAUUUUACCACACACUUUUUUUGAGGUAUAUUGAUCAUUUUUAAUGAAAAAUGGAAAAAGUGUUUUUGAAGGAUAUCUCAGGAUAUCAUCCCUUUUAAGCAUGUUUUAGCAAAUUCUAAAAUAUAACUUAUUUUUCUUUGAAAAUAACGAGUUAUUGUAGCUGUGUACUCAAAAUAAUGCUGAAAAUCGAGAGAAAUUAAAAAAAUCUUGGAACACCGGUGUUCCGUUUAUGUGAAAGUGUUAACUCCCGGGCCAGCUGUGAGCUCCUUUUCGUGGUAAACAAAAUUCUUAUACAGUAUUUAAUGAUGUUUUAUUAUUUCUUAUGGUUUUCCACCCUUGAGAAUUAUUAGAUAUUUUCUGCGUAUUUUACUGCCGUGUAUACAUAGCAUAACUUUUGCCUGAAAGCUAGUGUUGUCAUUAAGUAAACUCUGAAAUAUUUAUGUUUCUAGGUCUUUAAUAUAGCAACCGCAAUUUGUGUCAUCCGUGUGGGUUCAAUGUAUUAAAGUUUCCGACAUAUUAUGCUUCUGAUAUACGAUCGGGCGAUAAUUAUAAAUAGCCUUCCAUUGUGUCCAGUAUAAAUUGAGUACGUGUCAUAUAACCGCUUUUGGCCCUUACGCCUAAAGAAACAAACCGUUCUUAUAAAUAAUUCAAUGGGCGGUCUAAUAACACAUUUUGAAAUUCAAUGUGUGAUAGUAGGGAUUAGACCUCAAUUUAUGGUUAUCCUACCCAGCACCGAUAUGUCUUGUUGAUUAUGGUGAAUUUUUCUAAAACAAAAUUUAUUGGCGGAAUUUAUGUUUACAUAAAUGUUAUUUGUGCCAAGAUACUAGUGUGAAAGGAUUAUGGAUGAUUAAGUGUUUACUGAAGGGGAACAUGGGCUAAGAUCAAAUGAUACAACGUUUACGUGGAUAUAAAGAUAGACUUAGUUUUAUAGACUCAGAAAGUGGUUGUGAAUUGUUUGUUUUUAAUUAUGUUCAGUUUUGGACCACUUAUAUUUUAAUAGUACCUACACUGAAAAAAAUCCAUGCCUAAUAUAUACGAAAAAAUGUCGUACAUUGUACGAAUCGUUCGUUGUUUCGCACCACGAAAUUCUUUCGUAAUAUAUACGAAA